AUGGCGUCACCAGAACUAUCCACCUUAGCCCGUAGCAAGUUGCACUCCUCCGUGAGCGGCAGAGAGAGCUGGAACUUGCACCGCUGGGUACUCCUCAAAAAUUCAUACCACUCAACCUGUAUUCCCAGCACAGCAGCUCGCACCGCAGACAUCACCCCUGUAAAUAUCCCUAAUCUUGGUUCAGAGGACGUUGAGGAAGCCGACGACGAUGAUGACAUGGAGGUUGGCGACUCGUUUAUGUUUCCGGAUGCCGGCAAACUGGGCGAGCCUCGUUCUUCGGACAUAAACUCACCCGAAUCCCAGUGGUUGGAUUCUGUAUUAGAGGGUCUCGGCGAUGACGACGACGACGAAGAUUACACUACUAUCGCUUCUAUUCGCGUGUCCGACACCGACCUCCCCACCCCUGAGGACGAAGAGCUGCUGCUUAGCCCGCUGUCCCCUGCCUCAUCCACCGACGAGCUGCCUGGCGGUCACUCAUCAUAUUUUGCUGAUUCCAUUCCUGUAACAUAUCCAUACAUCAUCCCUUACCCCCAUUUUCAUCCCCCUCUAGUCCAUCCUUAUCACUUUGAGUCCACCAUGCAUUCACCCCUAUCUUCUAUUCCUCGCCCUUAUGAAGAUCCUCUCCCUUAUUAUGAUACAGACGACGUAGAGAAUCUCUCCGUUCCCGACGCCAUAGAAGACACCUCUGACGACGAGUCGGAUGCUCCAUCAACGCCGUCUCUAGGUAGUCGUUCGAGUCUGGUCGAUCCAGCCGGAAUCCCUCUACCCGGGGAGAAUGUCAGACGACCUCGCUCCCACCCUCACGUAUAUAUUGACAACCAAGACUCCUACUUCUAUCCCUUUGAACUCGAACCCCUCCCCUUCUCAGACGAUCAUACUCCCCACCCGCCCCCGUACAGUACUUAUCAGGAGUGCUAG